AUUUCUCAUCGUUUAUGAAUAAAUUUGAAUUGGCUCUCCAAACUUAACAGGAUUUAUUUAACUACAUUCUAUCAACAUAAUGGAAGGAUGAUUCAGAGAAAUAACAAUUAGGAGUAAUUUUUGAGAAACUCUAAGUAUGAUAAUAAUCAUAUUAGACAACAUGUAAUAUUAAAUUGGAAAUGGAUGACUUCUUUACCAAAGAAAAGCAAGAAUAGUUGAAAUCCUAUUUAUACGAAAAAUAAUAGCAAGUAUUUGUAUUCCUCAUUUCUUCAGAUCAGAAAGAUUAAAAAAAGCUUGCAGGAAACUCUAAACAAAUAAGUUUAAGGUCAUUAAUCUCCAUCUUGUGUAAUUGCUUAAUUGCCUCCCAGAUUCAAAAAUAACAAAGAGUCAUACCUUUAAUAGAUGUAUUUAUAAGAAAUUUAGAUUGUAGUAAUUAUUUCAAAUGCAAUUUGAUAGAACUAAAGAGUUGCCAUUCAAAAUUAUGUCAGAAUGUAGAAUUAAAACAGGAAAGAGAGGCUAUAACAAAGUAAAUUAGCUUAUUGUAAAUUGCGGAAGAUUUUAAAUUUGAACUAAAUUGUUUAGAAAGUGAAUUAAUGCAUAAUCGACUUUAAUUAAGUGAAUAAUUUGAAAGAAUCAGAAAAUAAAUUGAAACUGUUAUUGAGGACGAUUAACUUCAAAAUUUAGUGAGUUAUUGCACUGCUAUUACGAAAGCAAAUGUUCUAUUAAAGAAAUAACUUAUUAUUGUAAAGCAAAUAAAUUCAUUUGAAACAAAAGAUUUGUAAAUAAAAAUAAAUUAUAUUAGUUAUUUGUAGAUGUUAGAAAUAGAUAAAGAGAAUAAGCAAACUAGUUACUCUCAAGACACUGAUAUUACAAGUCAGCAAUCCCCUUAGAAAAAUUGUGAUUAACAUCAGAUUAUGAACAAAAAUCUUAGAAGUCAAGAAUGUUUGUGUACAAUCUUCUGAUGUGAUUUAAAUGUGUAUUAUAAAAAACAGAAAAUUGAAAUGAUC